AUGAAGGCUACAACAACAAACACAGUUUCGGCCACGAGUUUCGGCGAACCUCGAGAACUCGGCGGGCGGGCGGCGGGCCACCCUGCGCUGGUGCUCAAAGGCGUCUGCCCAAAAAGCAAAGAGCGGAAGGCGCCUCCGCCUCCAUCUGAGCCGUCAGGCGCUGUCGCCGCCCCUGGCCGGUGCUGCGCGCCAACUUUGACGACUCUCAUGACGUGCCCUAAAUGCCGUGACGACCGUCGCUCAGGCGGGAAUAUCCGCACCUGCACGUGUCCAGACGCGCGCAAGUACCAGGGCAAGAUCAAGAAGAGGCAAUCCAGCAAGACGUCAACCGCCAAAGCGACAGGGCGACGGGCGAAGCCUACGCAUGACCAUCGAGCUGUGCCGCAUGAGUGCACCUCAAACUCAUGCCGUUACCCAGCGGCGCACGACAAGAAGCAGCUUCAGCGGUGGAAGCAGUGGAAGAAGAGUCACGCGUGCAACCACCCGAUCUGUAAGGACUACGACCAGCGUUCAGGCCGGCUCCAGCGCUCCUCCAGCGCCAAGGCGGCCUUCGUGCGCAUCAUGUUCGACUCAGCCAGCGCGCCUGCGCAAGUGCAUAUCGACCACAUAGUGCCUCUAUGCCUUGGUGGUGCCGAUUGCCCUUGCAACAUGCAGGCGCUCACCGAGGAGGAUCACAAGGACAAGACAGCGGACGAUAUCCGUGAGUGCCGUGCGCAGAAUGUUCGCCUCUGA